AUGUACCUGAUUACUGUGUGUGGAAAUCUGCUCAUCAUCUUGGCUGUCAGUUCAGACUCCCUCCUCCACACACCCAUGUACUUCUUCCUCUGCAACCUGUCCUUCGUAGAUAUCUGUUUCACCUCCACCACCAUCCCAAAGAUGCUGUGGAACAUCCAGACACAAAGCAAAGUCAUAACCUAUGAGGGCUGCAUCACACAGAUUUAUUUUCUCAUACACUUUGGAGUGUUGGACAUCUUUCUCCUAACAGUGAUGGCCUAUGACUGGUUUGUGGCCAUCUGCCACCCCCUGCACUACACAGUCAUCAUGAACCACCGGCUCUGUGGACUGAUGAUUCUGGGAUCCUGGCUCUCUGCUGUCUCCUUAUUUUAUUGUACAGUCUUAGGAGUGUACCUCAGCUCUGCUGCCACCCACAGCUCACACUCCAGUGCCACAGCCUCAGUGAUGUACACUGUGGUCACACCCAUGCUGAACCCCUUCCUCUACAGCCUGAGGAACAAAGACAUAAAGAAGGCUCUCAAAUCAUUCUUUGUGAAGGAAACUACAAUAUUGUCCCAGCACUGA